UACCCCGCGCGCCCCCGGCGCCGCGCGCGCUCCGUGCGCUCCCCGCACCCGGCGCGCCCCGCGCCGGGCCCCCAGGCCCGCAGUGUCUUCUCCCGCGGUCAUGGCCCCGGUGCCCGCGGCGAGCGCCCGCCUGGGGCCAUGAUCCGGCUGCGCUGCUGGUGCUCGCGGAGGCCCCGCGGCGCGGCGGGGCAGGCAGGGCGGCGCUGGGCGUCGGGUGGGCCUGCUGGCCGCGCCCUGCGAGUGCUGGUGGACAUGGACGGCGUGCUGGCCGAUUUUGAGGGCGGCUUCCUCAGGAAGUUCCGCGCGCGCUUCCCCGACCAGCCCUUCAUCGCGCUGGAGGACCGGCGCGGCUUCUGGGUGUCGGAGCAGUACGGCCGUCUGCAGCCCGGGCUGAGCAGGCUGGGGUUUGUCACUUUCCCCUUGGCCUGGCCCUGGAAGGAAGUGGCAUACUGCAGACUUGAAUGUGGCCAGCAGCAUAAGGAGAAGGCCAUCAGCAUCUGGGAGUCUGAGAACUUCUUCUUUGACCUCGAACCUCUCCCAGGAGCUGUGGAAGCUGUGAAACAGAUGGCCAACCUGGAGAGCACUGAUGUCUUCAUUUGCACGAGCCCCAUCAAGAUGUACAAGUACUGUCCCUUCGAGAAGUAUGCCUGGGUGGAGAAGCACUUUGGCCCUGACUUCCUGGAGCAGAUUGUGCUGACCAGAGACAAGACCGUGGUCUCUGCUGACCUCCUCAUAGACGACCGGGUGGACAUCACAGGGGCCGAGCCAAAUCCCAGCUGGGAGCACGUCCUGUUCACAGCCUGUCACAACCGCCACACACAGCUGCAGCCCCCCAGCCGCAGGCUGCACUCGUGGGCAGAUGACUGGAGGGCGAUUCUGGACAGCAAGCGGCCCCACUGAGCUGGGCUGAGCCCUGGCCCUGUACAUGCCUGGCCGGGCCCUCCACGGACCUCAGUGCAGGGCGGGCCCAGGGGCCUGGACAGGACUCCAGGCGCCCAGGCCGACCUCAGGCCUCUGGUCUGGGAGGAGCUGGGGCAUUGUUCGGUGGGGCAGUCCUCCCCUCCCUCAGGGAAGCCCCCUCCCUGCCGGCAGCUACCUGGUCUGAGGACGAUGCAGGAGCAGAUGGUCGAGCGGCCCCUCUGAACCUCAGCCCCUGCCGCCUGCCUGACACCCAGUGGGGUCUCCCCCAGGGACCCGCCUGGAUUCAGCAACACGGUGCGAGUUCCAGGUCAUGCUGGGUCCGUGCAGGGGACCUCACAGCCCGGCCUCUGGCUGGAGGGCUCGGCCCCCACUCCAACCUGGGGGUUCACAAGCUUUGGGUGUUCACUGGAGGCGUGAACAAUAAAUGCUGUUCUCAGUCCCCA